ACCAACAAAAUUCUUCUAUUCCUUUCUCAGCUAUCCCUUUACACACUAUAUAAUCCCUCUCUCCUUUCACAUCCUUCAUCUUCUCUCACCAUCACCCCUCUCUCUUUUCAACAUCCCUACGUCCCCAAAAGUCAUAAAACAAGAAAACAAAGGGAGAUCAUCAUACCAUAAAGUCAUUGCCAAAAUUAUGGAUAUGUUCCAAUUACAACCGGUUCAUCUUCAGCCCAUGGUGGUGAAGAUGGACAUGAGGAAGAGGGAGAAAACCAAAUCCAUGGAGAAAGAGAGGCUUCAAGUAAUGGAUUUAAGUGGCAUGUCCUUGGACUCUCUUCCCAAACCUUCCCUCGACUUAGCUACCAUUUGCAAGUUGGACCUAUCUAAUAACAAUCUCCAGGACAUUCCAGAAUCCUUAACAGCGAGACUACUAAACUUGGAGGUGUUGGACGUGCGUUCCAACCAGCUCAAGUCUCUUCCCAAUUCCAUUGGCUGCCUCUCUAAGCUCAAGGUUUUGAAUGUCUCAGGCAACUUCAUCCAAAUACUCCCCAAAACCAUCGAGAAUUGCAGAGCCUUAGAGGAACUGAAUGCAAACUUCAACAAGCUUACCAUGCUGCCAGACACAAUAGGGUUUGAACUCAUAAACCUAAAGAAGCUCUCAGUGAACUCCAACAAGCUAAUGUUUCUUCCAAGCUCCACCUCACACCUAACAUCUCUGAAAGUUCUCGAUGCACGCUUGAAUUGCCUAAGGGCACUCCCAGAGGAUCUCGAGAAUCUCAUCAACCUUGAGACCCUUAACGUGAGCCAGAACUUCCAGUACUUGGAGACCCUCCCUUACUCCAUAGGGCUCCUCUUGUCCCUUGUUGAACUUGAUGUGAGCUACAACAAGAUCAAGACCUUGCCUGAGUCCAUAAGCUGCCUCAAGAAGCUUCAGAAACUGAGUGUUGAAGGGAACCCUCUUACGUGUCCCCCAAUGGAGGUGGUGGAGCAGGGGCUGCAUGUGGUGAUGGAGUACAUGCAUCAUAAGAUCAACACGAGCCAUGAAACCCCGAAAAAGAAAAGGUGGUGGAUUGGGAAGAUGGUGAAGUGUGGCACCUUCAAUAAGGAAAUGGGAAGUGGGAAUAAACGACCUGAACAUGUGGGUUACAACAUGCUUAAGCAACAGAAUAUCAAUGGUCUUGCUUCGCCAGGAUUCAUGGGGAUGCUCUCGCCUCUUCGCAUCUUCUCACCACGUCGUUCAUUCGGUUGAGAAGUGCAGCAGAAUAGUUUUGUAAAUCAAUGUUUGUGGAAGAGAAGUUAUUACAUGGUUAUGAACUACCGAGUGUUGAUGCAUGAUCAUGUGACAGGUAAUAUAAUUGAGUGUGAACUUUGUGAGAAAGAGUUAAUAAAACUCUAUUAUGUGUAACGUGGUGGUUAUCCAAGACUGUAUAUGAUAGUUCUAAUCAUGUGGUAAUUUCUCUUCUCGUUAACAUAUAUAGUUUGGUUCGCGCUGUGUUGAAUUCCAACGAUCAAAGGUGUGAUAAUUACGUGGAAGAAAUUGCGGGUUAGGUUGCAUGUAUGAUGUAUGUAAAAUACCAGAAUGUAUCAUGAAUUGAAAAUGAUUUGGGAUAUUGUGAAACUUUGGAAGUUUGUUGAUUUUAAACAA